AUGGGUGUCCCGCUCGACUACACUCCUCCAGCGUCUCGCACGCGCCCCAGUGCUGGUUCCGGUGUUCGCACUGCCGCAGAUGCCAGCCCUAAGCCACCAGCCGACCCUACGGCAGCAGGUCGCUCGUCUAUCCGACGCUCGCACGCCUCACAAUACCCGCGGAGAACCCUCGGUAGGCUCCAGGCUGCCCGUCGUUCCAUCGUCUCUCGGGCGGCCGACCGCGACCGCGACCGCAGCAGCGGCGGCGAUAGGGACCCGUCACUCCCACGUAUCGCCAGAAAUCCACUGCUCGACUAUGGCGGAAGCGUGUGGGACAAUGUCGAGAUGCCAGGCGUCAGUCGUCGUGAGAUAGGCCGUCGGCUGCUACGAGAUAGCGUCAACUAUGCCUCCCCCGGCCGUCGUAUGAGGAUUCCCAGAGACCCGCACGGCCAGGAUCUCCCGCCUUUGUCCGUGGCCCAUGCUACUCGACACCGCGCAUCGUACUCGCCUCGAUUCGCGCCCGCCCAUCCUGAGGACCCCGUUCAGGCCGCCGGCCAGGAGUUCGAUGACCCUUCCCCGGUCGAGGGGACCAUGGACGCCAGCAUGCCUCUACUCCGUCGCGUGGGACACCGCUCCGUCGCCACGGCACGUAACUCACCAUCGACUGCACCCUCAUUUUCUCUAGACGACAUCUUCUCCACUGACCGUGACGUCAACCGCAUGCCCACGGAUGACGAGGUCCCCGAUGUAUCAGACACAUGGGCCAGGCUGCUCAAUACCAUCCCGCUAGACAACCAUCUUCCCAGUGCAGAUUCCUCCUUCACCUCCGCCACUGCAUCAGCUUCCGCGGCCGUAUCUCGAGCAUCAACCACGGCUCCUACAUCUCUCACCCCUGCUUCAUCAUUUGGCUCCACUGCCUCCUCGCGCAUGCACAUCAUGUUCGACCCAUUCCCACCCCUCCCUGCAAAUUGCGAUUUCAUCUCUUCUUCUGAAAACUCAGAUACAGAGGCAGACGAUGAUACAGAACGGUACCAAAGCCGGGGCCGGAAUCAGUCACGAAACCAGUCACGAAACCAAUCACAGACACAGAGCCAAUCCCAAACACAGGCCGAUGCUGGUACGUCGUCUGACAACGCUGCGCCCACCGCUUCUUCAUUCACGCUCGAGAAUGAAGCAGCCGGCCUGCAACUGCUACACGACACGCUCAAUCUUCUGAGCAGACGAGACGAUAUUCCAGAAGAAUGGUGGGCCACCGCCGGCCUGACACGUAUCAUUAAUCGUGAGCUCAAUCGCGAGCGUAACGCCGAGUAA